CAUGUCCCCCACCCAGCAUGUCCCAGUCUAAUGAAAUGUGAGAAUCGCCGACGCAGCAACAUUCCGGCUGUCAGCCCGCGGACGGAGCUCUGUCAGGCAGUAACAUGGCCAAAGUGAACAGCGGUGCCUCCGGUUGUCGGGCUAUGGUGAAGGCAGGAAAGUACCUGUCGGCUCCGUGUCCCCCGGCGCUGACCCGGAGCUCCGGCCACGGUCAGCGGAAGAUGUUCUGUCAACAGCGGCGAAUGAUGAGCGCCGACGCGGCCGGCACGAGAGGAAAACCCGCAGCUUUGGCCCAGCAGGAGCAGCUGGGGUAUUUCUCCGCCGCGGACAGACAUGUGCUGGCCAACCCCACCCUGAUCUACCGGGACGUCAAGGCUUUCCUCAAUGAAGUUGGGGGAAACCCUCGGGAGGCUCGGUACUGGCUGACCCAGUUCCAAAGAGCCACUUCGGCUCAGUCUACUGCCUUUGCCGUACUGGAGGUGGACGGCUCAGUUUUUGCCAGCAGGGAAAUGGUUCAGAGCCUGGCCUUCGGGCUCUCCUUCCUGCAGCGGAUGGAUAUGAAGCCCGUGGUGGUGAUGGGCCAGUCUGAGUACGAAGAGACGGGGCCCACCGAACCGGUGGCCGGGUCCCACUGCACCCGAGGUCUGGUGGAGCGGAGCCAGCAGCUGACCGAGGCUUUGCAGCAGCACUCGGCCACCGUCCUGCCACUCUUCUCCGCUGAGUCCUUCCUCCUACUACAUGAAGCCCCACGAGGGAGCAGUGCUCCACCCUCCGUCGCCGUGGACACCAGCCUUCUCCAGUGGAGUCUGAACUGCGGGACGAUCCCGUUGGUUUGUCCGGUGGGGAGGGACGGGCGGGGCUGCUCGGUAAUGUUGGACCCGACGGAGGUGACGGCAGCUAUUUCCAGAGCUCUGCAACCCCACAAAGUCAUGUUCCUGAACAACUCGGGAGGUCUCCGCAGCCGAGAAAACAAGGUGCUGGAAAACAUAGUGUCGGUGCCUAGCGACCUGCCCGGUUUGUCCACGGCGGCGUGGCUGAGCGCUGCCAAGCGCCGCAGAGUGACGGCCAUAGCCAGACUGCUCAACCAGCUGCUGACUGAGUCGUCUGCGGUGAUCACGUCCGCGGACACGCUGCUGACCGAGCUGUUCAGCCACAGAGGGUCUGGAACACUCUUUAAAAACGGAGACCCCAUACAUCGGUACAGCUCUCUGGAUGGGAUUGAUGUUGAGCGUCUGCUGGCUCUCAUCAACAAGUCAUUUGAUAAAACUCUGAGGCGAGACUACAUCGACUCUCUGAAAGGACGACUGCACUCCAUCUACCUCUCUGAAGCCUACAGCGCGGCAGCCAUCAUCACCAUGGAGCCGGUGAACAGCGGCACUCCCUACCUCGACAAGUUUGUGGUGAGCAGCAGUAAGCAGGGUCAGGGCACCAGCCACAUCCUGUGGGAAUGUAUCAGACAGGACCUGGGCAAACUGUUCUGGAGGUCUAGAGCCACCAACAGGAUCAACCCCUGGUACUUUAAACAUUGUGAUGGCAGCUUUGUCAAUGGGGCAUGGACCGUGUUCUGGUUCGGUCUGACGGACAUCAGGGAUUCCUAUGAGCUGGUGGAGUACACCAAGAACCUGCCAGACUCUUUCCACGUCUCCUCUCUCACCGCCUCUGCAGGAUCCUGAACCACCUCCUUCAGCUGCUGCUUGUGUUGCUCCUUGACUCUGCUAUGAAGAUUGUUUUCUUAUCUUUGCUCUGACUGGACCUUUUUUCCUUGAGUUUUUCCCCUACCUUGAAACUUGAAAACCAAAGCUACAGUGAGAAUUUCAUACUUGCAGUAUUUUGAAUAGCUAUAAAUCAUUCUCUAUUUUUAAAGUCGGGGUUAGCAUUCCAGUAGUUGCAGGGCUCGACAUUAAGCUUUUUCAGCCAGUUGACCUUUGGGCAAGUAGAUGAGAUGUUUUACUUGCCCGAUAGCAAAACUUAAAUU